CAGGAAAGUAGAAGCCGUUUUGUUUGUUAGAAUAACAAAAACUACUUAAUGUUCUCCCCCAACACUUGCACUCUUCCAUCUCAGUUUCCCAUUCCAUCACCAUCACCAUGCCGUUGCAAUUCCCACCUCACCCUCGUCUGCUCAUCCUUCCGCCGCCGCAGUCGCAGCCACAGACGCCACAACAAGCUCUCCGUCCCCACGACCACCACCACCUCAACCUCCUCUUCCGAACAGAGGUUCGAAGCCGUCAUCGACCUCACUCCUCUUACCACCCUCCAAUCUGACAUUCGCCGACUCCUAUCGUCCGGCGAAGACGCUUACCGCGAUUUGCAAACCCUCAUCACUCUCGACCAUAACCGCAGACUUGUCGUUUCCUGUCGCCCUUCCACGUUGCAUUUCCUUGGAACUUCGGCGGCUUUGAGCUUCCUCGCCUUUUCUGUUUUCGGCAUUUUGGUUCAAUUGGUUUCUAGGUUUCGUUCUUGGCGUCGUAACGCGUCUAGCUAUAGGCCUGUUGUGCGGAGGGACCGAAGUCUCGGGGGAAAAGAGGUCGUAGUUGGGUGGGGUGAAGGCACCGAUAACAAGGCGCUGUCAAAUCCCUUAUCACCGCCGGUUGAGGAUUCUGUUGUCCAGCGCUCCACCAACAAUAAGGUUAGGGUCCAAAGGAAAUUGCCGCAAUGGUGGCCAACCAUAAUCAAUUCAAACGGUGCCAUUUCCGACCUGAACGAACAGGAGGAAUACAAGAGAGACGCUUACAGAGUGGUUCGAGCAAUUAUCAACAGUAGAUUGGGCGGAAACGACAUCAUGGAGAAUGAUAUAAUUCAAUUACGUCAACUAUGCAGAACUUCUGGUGUGCAAGUGUCUAUUGAACCCACAAAUGUUCGGGACUCCUUGUAUCGAGCGUCUGUUAACUUUGUUUUAAAUGUAUGCAGCAGGGCACCAACUUACUCUACUUCAAUCGAUAUUAAUGGUGAGGAUGCUCGGCAAUUCCUUGCUGGAUUUGCUGAAAACGUUGGCCUUGAAAAUGUUCGUGCUGCAACAAUUGUGUCCGCAGCUGUUGCAGCCCGCACCCGCUCUUGUCUUCUGCAGGCUUGGGCUCUGGAAAUGCAAGGAAAACAUGUUGAUGCUAUGGUAGAACUGUCAAAGAUAUGCCUUCUUCUACGAAUAUUUCCUCCCGAGGAAUCUUCGCCUGAAAUGGAGAUGGUUAGUCGGGGCCUAGAGAAACACUUGAAACUGGAACAAAGGAAACACCUUAUGUUUCUCUUUGGUAAGGUUUGCGGUGAGGACAGUCACAGGAUUGCUAGAGAAGCCCUUGGUUUGGUGCAUUCUCAAAAUCGUUGCACUGAUCAACUUGAAGACAGCACUGCUCCAUGAAAAAUAAUCUCAGCCUGCAGCCUCGUAC